AUGAGCUGCGCUAGGAACCGGUGUAUAGCAUUAUCGUGGCGGUAUCGCCGGUGGGCGAGUUUGCGACGCCGCGAAACGGGGAUGUGGAAGUCCUGGUCAACGGAGAAGAUUCCAGUGAGUGGGUCUUCAGAGAGGAAACACGUAAAGUGUAGGUUUCGUGGUUCAGAUUUGGUGCCAAGAGUCGAGGUUACGGUGCAGGAGGAGAGGAAAAGAGAGAGGGAUUUGAAGUGUGGGGGGCGGGAGGCAAAGAUGGGGCCUCUGUAG